CCCAACCAGUUGUUUCACUGAAUACGACUUCAAUAAGCUAAAUGAACGUCUAUCUUACUACUCACGUUCCCAAAUACAUUGACAGAUACAGCGCGACCACGACGUUUUAAUCAGGUUUACAUUUGUAUGUUAAUAUUAUGGGGUGCUGGAGAUUCUCGGCAGUGAAUAUUGUUCUUCUGUCUUUCUGUCUUCCCAUCCUCUCCUUCACACACAUCAGUACCAACCUGUGUAAGUGGUGUGACUACUCCAGCCCUAUCUGUGAGGACAGUGUGUGUUACACCAACUGUUCCCUCUCCUCCUUCUGUACUCUGACUGAAGAGAUCUGCAUUGCAAUAUGGCGGAAGGACAAUGAGAGUAUGAGUGUGAAGACGUUAUGCCACCAGCCCCAGCAGCCCCUGGAGAACAUCAUGUUGUCAAACUACUCCUCCAACGAGUGUGUGAUGGCUCCUCAGCCCUCUGAGGAUGGGGUCCUGUUCGUUUGUGGCUGCCUGGGAGAACACGAGUGCAACGAUAAGCUUAUAUUCGACAAGGGCUCCAAUGGUUUUUCCAAGCUCAAGAGUAAAGAUGUGAUCCCAGUGGUGGUGAUCAGCCUGGUCCCUCCCUUUUUAGUGGCUAUCAUCGCUACCAUGGCUUUCUACCUGUACCGUACCAGACAGCCCGGCAAGCAGCCCAAAGACUGGGCUCCCAAACGCACACACUACCAGGCCUUGGACAUCCCAGAGGGACUAAGUGGGGAGGCCAUCACCGGCGGUGAGGACUGCCAUUACAAGCUGUCAGCCAUCAAUAGCGACGCUACAUCUGACAUGUCUCCCGUCCGGGCCCAUAACUUCAACCCCAACACAGAGCAGCUACCCAUCCAGCUAGAAGCCUUGGUGGGGAAGGGGAGGUUUGCUGAGGUGUGGCGGGCCAGGCUUCACCACCAGGCAGCUGGUUCUCAGUAUGAGACGGUGGCAGUGAAGAUCUUCCCGUCUGUGGAGUAUGUGUCCUGGAGCAACGAGAGGGCCAUCUUCUCUGACGCCAACCUGGAGCAUGACAACGUGGUUCAAUUCCUGACAGCAGAGGAGCGAGGGCCCUCCGGCUCCCCUCAGAGGCAGUACUGGCUGGUCAUGGCCUACCACGGCCUGGGAAACCUACAGGACUUCCUGGCGGGCCAUGUGUUGAGCUGGGCUGAGCUGUGUGCUAUGGCUGGGUCGGUGGCUCGAGGAUUGGCCCACCUCCACAGUGACACCACCCCCUGUGGGAUCCCCAAGGUGCCGGUGGCCCACCGUGAUCUGAAGAGCAGCAACAUCGUGGUGAAGAGCCGUAGAGAGUGUGCCCUCUGUGACUUUGGUCUGGCUCUGAGGCUGGACCUCUCCCUCACCGUGGAUGACUUUGCCAACAGUGGCCAGGUGGGUACAGCUCGCUACAUGGCCCCUGAGGUGUUGGAGUCCAGAGUGAAUCUGGAGGAUCUGGAGGCCUUUAAACAGAUGGAUGUCUACUCCAUGGCCCUGGUCCUCUGGGAAAUGGUGUCCCGCUGCGAAGUCAUAGGAGAGGUUAAGAGUUAUGAGCUGCCGUUUGGCUCUAAGGUGUGUGACCAGCCGUGUGUGGACAGCAUGAGGGACCUGGUCCUGAGGGACAGAGGCAGACCUGAGAUACCCACCAGCUGGAAAACACAUCAGGGGAUGAAUCUGCUAUGUGCCACCAUCACUGAGUGUUGGGACCAUGACCCAGAGGCCAGGCUCACAGCCCACUGUGUGUUGGAGCGCUUUGGAAGUCUAGAAGAGGAGAUGGAGCAGGGGGGGUUAGACGCUGUCAACAACAGCCAGGAGUGUCCUCCCUUUGACACCUCCCCUGACUCCACCGGCUGUGAUGUGGACACUCUGGCCCCUGAAACAGACACAGAGAGGACCCUCAUCCCUGGGAAGAUAGGUGAGAUAUUAUAAGGAGGACUUAAACUCGAUCACCAAAAAGAGACACAUUUUUGUAUGAUAGAUUGAAGGCACUCUACCCUACGAACAAAGAGGAAAAGAGACACAUUUUUGUAUGAUAGAUUGUAUCAUUUGAAGGAGCUGGUCUCCGGAUUGAUUUUUAAUAUAGCCUUUAUGAAGUGUCUUAUGAAUGCACUUAUGAACUUUUGCCACUGAAGAGAUAUUAUUUCUGCCCCUUGGAAAGUUGUGUGUACAGGAUUCAGGGAACAGCGCUAACCAGCAGACCACAAAUCAUUAUCCCAACGUCACUAUCACACUGUAACAUGUCAAUUUUACCAAUAACUCAAAAAGCAGAUUAGUUUCAAAAUCUUAAGUACAUACAUCCUGUAGUGAAUGAUGACAUGGAUUCGUCCUAAAUGCAGGUUGAAGUUUAUUUUCAUGAGUCUUGUCCUUGAGGCAGAACGGAGCUAUUUCCUUUUAGAUAGGCCAGCUGCAAAGAAAAAAAUUGGCUAUUAUUGAAAAAAUUCAUGAAAAUAAAAAUUUGCUUUUUGGCCUUAAUUUAAGGUUAGGGUUAGGCAUUAGGGUUAGCAGUGUGGUUAGGUUUAAAAUCAGAUUUUAUGACUUUGUG